UUCAAGUUAGUUUUACCUCCCUUGGAUACACUUGUAGACAUACGGAACGCUGUUUUAGUUUCUCGUAUAGCAAGAUGGCGACUAACAAGAGACGUCAAGAUGAAAAACACCUUAAAAUGUUACGUGAUAUGGUAGCUCUGUCUCAAAAUAAACAGUGCUUUGACUGUCACCAACGUGGACCAACCUAUGUGAAUAUGACUAUUGGCUCUUAUGUUUGCACGUCAUGUAGUGGUAUUCUGCGUGGAUUAAACCCUCCCCACAGAGUGAAGUCUAUAUCAAUGGCAAGUUUUACUGCAGAUGAAAUGGAAUUACUAAAAUGUCAUGGCAAUGAUUUUUGUAAAAAAGUUUGGCUUGGGCUAUAUGAUCCCAGAUCUGGUCAAGAAUAUGAUUCCAGAGAAGAACACAAAGUGAAAGAUUUUAUGAUUCAAAAAUACGAACGAAAGCGUUGGCAUGUACCACCCACAGAUGCCUUGAAAGAAGAAGCUCGCCGUCUUAAUGAAUCAGCAUUUAACAAACAGAACACUACAAAACCAUUAAGAUCCUUACUUGGUGAAAAUGCCCCAAAAUUAGUUGUGCAAAAUUCUCAGAACAAUUCCAAGACUCAGUCGCCAUCUUUGCCAAAUCCUGUUGCUUCACAAGUCACAUCUACUCAGCCACAACAGUUACAGUUGCAUCAGAACCCAACCUUAGCUCAGCAAGCUCAACAAGCACAGCAAGCACAACAACAACAGCAGCAGCAACAACAAUCACAAACCAAUAGAAUACAUCUUCCAAACCCUACUAGCUCAGCUACUUUUGAUUUACUUGGUGAACUUGGUAAUGAUCCCUUUGCCAGCACACCCCCCUCAUCAAAUGCGUCGUCAGGUGGUGGAUUUGCUGAUUUUAGCCAAUUUAGUAGCCAGUCCUCAACUCCAACAGGUUCCAAUGCUUUCUCACCAACAUCUAGUGCUCCACUGCAACCAUUAGGAUUGGGUGGUCCUUCCACAGUUUCAAACGGAGGAUUUGCCACCUUUCCUCCAUCUUCAACUGUCAGUACUUUAUCCAAUCCUCACCCAACCGGCAACCAGUCUACUGAUAAGUAUGCUGCACUAGCAGAUCUAUGUAGUGUUUUUUCUGACAAUGGCAGUAGUGGUGCUGGCAGUGCUGUGAGCACAACUGCACAGACAUCAUGGAAUGUAUCGACCAACCCAAGCAAUACAGCCCACGCAAUCAAUUGGGGUGGAGGGCUGACUACUCCUCCUUCCACUACUGCUGGUGUUAAUUCAGCAAUGACCGCCAAUAGCACUGGUGGGUUUGCUUUUGGAAAUGUCCCUACUACGAGUGGUGCUCAGAUGGAGUGGAAUACACAAGCAGGUGCUGCAAAUGCAUCAAACAACAUGAACUGGGGUGCUCCUGUUGGUGUCACUGCAUCUCAAACAGCUUUUGGAAAUGCAGUACCUAAUCCUUUUGGAACCAGUGUAUUCUCUCAAGCACCAGUAGGUGGUGGAGGAAAUCCUUUUGCCAUAGGCACUCCAGCAGGGGGAAAUGGAGGUAAUGGAACAACUUCUCUCUUUAGCAAUCAAGUGCAACCCACUACCAAUGCUGGUUUUAACCAAUUUGGUAUGCAGAAUGGUAGCUUUAAUGCUAUGUCUCCUGCAACAUCAGCUGGCUUUGGUAUACCUCAGCAGUCGGUGCAAACAUAUGGAGUGCCUCAGCAGUCAAUGCAAGCAUUUCCUCCUCCAGGGCAAAUGGACAAGUUCAGUGGAUUUGCUACACAUCCUGCAGCCCAGGCUUUUGGAAGUGGUUGGACUCCAAAUUCUGUUCCUUCAGCUAAUCCUUUCAUGUCUGCUGCCACACAACAGCAAGUUCCACCUCGAAGCAGUUCCACAAACCCUUUCUUGUGAUACUCAGCCUAUAUUAAUUCUCCUGGCAUACUGACAACUUCAGACUUAGCUCUUUGUCCACUGACAUGCAUUGAUUUAUACAAAUACUGAUGAUGCAUGCAUAAUACUUCUUGCAUAUACAUUUAUACACACUUACAUGCUCAACUAAGUAUUGUAACUUUAGUCAAACAUUUGCUGUGCCCAGUACAUGUUUGACAUAAUUACAGGGUGAUUAGUGUGGAUACAGCAACAUAAGCAGCAGCAGGAGCUGCUUUAUUCAACUGUUGAAUAAAACUACAGUUUUUUUUUUUUUUCAGCCCCACCAUUUCCCAAAUUGUUUUUAACCUCUGGAUUAUCAACAAAACAAAGCAAAAAAAUAAAACAACAAAAAGAAGAAAAAAAAAACGUUUUCCUCAGAAAAUGUACUAGGAAAGAAAUUUGAGAUAAGCUUGUUGCUGCUAAAAAUAACAAAACAAAAACAAAAAAAUGCCAACGAAUGGAUGCUCUGUGGAUUAAAUUUUUUUUUUCCCUUUUUGGUGAUUGCUGCAUUA